AGUUCAGAGUAAACAACACUGAUCUCAGAGAGCUGCUCUCUCUCCGUCUAGACGUGCAGGACAAUGGCCAGUAUUUCAGUAGAUCACGACGAGCUGAGCUGUCCAGUCUGUCUGGAUCUGCUGAAGGAUCCAGUGACCAUCCACUGUGGACACAGUUUCUGUAAGGUGUGUAUUAAUGGCUGCUGGGAUCAGGAGGAUCAGAGGGGGGUCUACAGCUGCCCCCAGUGCAGAGAGACUUUCACUCCAAGGCCUGUUCUACGCAGAAACAACAUGCUGGCUGAAGUGGUGGAGAAAAUGAAGAAGACAGAACUCCGAGCUGCUCCUCCUGCUCCCCGUUACGCUGGACCUGGAGAUGUGGAGUGUGAUUUCUGCACUGGGAGAAAACUCAAAGCCAUCAAGUCCUGUCUGACGUGUCUGGCCUCCUUUUGUGAAACUCAUCUUAAACCUCACUAUGAAGUUCCUACUUGGAGAAAACACAAGCUGGUCAAAGCCUCCUCACAGCUACAGGAGAAGAUCUGCUCUCAGCACGACAAACUGAUCGAGAUCUACUGUCGGACUGACCGAAGCUACAUCUGCUAUUUAUGUACGAUGGAGGAACACAGAGGUCACAAUACAGUCCCAGCUGCAACAGAGAGAACCAAGAAACAGAAUCAGCUGAAGGAGAUUCAGAGUAAAUUCCAGCAGAGAAUCCAGGAGAAACAGAAGGAGCAGCAGGAGCUGAAACAGGCUGUGAAGACUCUUAAGUGCUGUGCUCAGUCAGCAGUGGAGGACAGUGAGAGGAUCUUUACUGAACUGAUCCGCUCCAUUGAGAAAAAGCACUCUGAGGUAACAAAGCUGAUCAGAGCUCAGGAGGAGGCUGAACUGAGUGGAGCUGAAGAACUCCUGGAGAAACUGGAGCAGGAGAUCGCUGAUCUACAGAGGAGACACACUGAGCUGGAGCAGCUUUCACACACAGAGGAUCACAUCCAUUUUCUCCAGAGUUUCCAGUCUCUCUGUGUCUCUUCUGGAUCCGAGGACUCACCCAGCAUCACUGUCCAUCAGCACCUCUCAUUUGAUGGAGUGAGGAGAUCUCUCUCUGAGCUGAAGGAGCGACUAGAGAAGUUCUACAGAGAGGAGUUCAGUAAAAUCCCUCCUCAUGCUGCAGCAGUUCAGAUUUUAUGCUCAGAACCAAAAACCAGAGAAGAUUUUCUGCAGUAUUUCUGUCAGCUGACUCUGGAUCCCAACACGGCACAUCCUUGCCUCAUUCUGUCUGAGAACAACAAAGUGGUGACGUACAGGAAUAAAGUCCAGUUUUACUCUGACCAUCCAGAGAGAUUUACCAACUGGACUCAGGUGUUGUGUAAGGAGAGUGUGAGUGGACGCUGUUACUGGGAGGUUGAGUGGAGGAGCAGUGGAGGAGUUGUGUACAUAACAGUCUCAUAUAAAGCGAUCAGCAGGAAAGGAGGGGGUAAUGAUUGUGGGUUUGGACACAACAAUCAGUCCUGGAGUCUGCAAGUUUCUCCCUCUCUCGCUUUCCUGCACAACAACAUUCCGACUGAGAUCUCAGGACCAUCAUCCUCCAGAAUAGGAGUGUAUGUGGAUCACAGUGCAGGAACUCUGUCCUUCUACAGCGUCUCUGACACAAUGACCCUCCUACACACAGUCCACACCACUUUCACUCAGCCGCUCUACGCUGGGUUCUUGGUUUAUGGUGUUGGAUCAUCUGUGAGAUUAUGUGAUAAAUAAUGAUUGAUCUGAAUUAUUGAUUCCUUAUAGAUUUAGAAUAUUUCUCACACUGUUUUAUUAAUAAAUCAUGUUUUUUAGUAACACAUUGUUAGACAGAAUAUUUUGUUUAUCUCAGUGUUCAAUUCAAAUGAAAUUUGUUUCUAGACUGUCCAGGGUGUUUCCUGCCUUCCGCUUCCAUUGACCACUGGGAAAGGCUCCAGCUCCCCCGACGACCCAGAGGGAUAAGUGGCUUAGAAAAUGUGUGUGUGUGUGUGUGUGUUAAUUCUACAAACACUUCAAGAGUUUAAACCUCUGAUCAUUUACAGAGUUUAACACCAAAAUGAUUGAGUAGUGUUUGUAAUAUUUCUGUAAAUUAAAUGUUCAUUUACUGUGUUUCUGUCCACAAACAGACCUGAGAACAUUGUGAUCGUCUCUUUUUAAACACAUUUUUUUUCUCAGGAAGACUCGUAUGUGUUAGUGGUUUAGCAUGUUUAUUUAGGCUUUGAUGUUCAUUUGUGUUUAUAUUUAAAUGUACAGAUAAAGAAAAGCUGUGGCUGCUACUUCAGGAGGUUCUCAGGGUCGUGUGGAUGACGAUCCCAUAAUUCUCCACAUUAGAGCUACUGUCUUUGAGGAAGCACCUCAGAGCUGAAGAGGCAGCACCUUCACUGCUUUAGAG